AUGAAGUUCGGCAAGCGGCUUGCAGCAGAAGCAGCACGCCGCUGGCGCCCGCACUACUUGGACUACAAAUCUUGCAAACGAGCAGUUCAGCAGGACGUUCUUGCAAAUGAUCGCUCCGGCAGCCACUUCGAGAAAGUUCUUCGGCAGGAGCUCCUUGAGAUCAGCACUUUCUAUGUCGGAAAAGAGAACGAGCUUGAGGCAAUGAUGGAGGCAGUCCGGCACAGCCCUCACAGCGGGGCGCUGCACGCGCUGCGCACAGAACUGACGGACGUGCGAAAGUACGCGGUGCUGAACUACAUCGCGGUCAUCAAGGCAGUGAAGAAGCGCAACCGCCACCUGGGCGCCAGGCUGGGCGCGGGCAGCCUGAAGCCCCUAUGCGCGCUGGACCUACUGAACGAGCAGCACUUCUACACCUCGCCAAAGCUGGCCGCGCUCUCCACGCAGGCAGAGAUCCUGCUGCAGGGAUUGGAGCCUCGGCCGCCGGCGAAUGAGCUGCAGGCGGAGUAUGACUGCCCCAUUUGCUUGAGCCUGCUGCACAACCCGGUCGUGCUCACAUGUGCCCACCGCUUCUGCUGGGGCUGCUUGCUCUCCCACUGCGCCACUACCCUCCGCUCAAGAGGCGGCAGCAGCACAAGCACAGAAACAGGGGAUGCAAGCAGAGAGUGCGGGAAGGUGGCAGUGGCUACCGGGGCGUUUGAGGACUCGGCGGCCUCCACGGUGGCCACCUACAACUGCCCAGUGUGCAGGAAGGCACAUGUCCUUGACCUUGACCGCCUGCAGGUGGACCCCCACCUGGACCGCUUCACAAAGGAUCUGCAGCAGCGCAUGACGCCGUCGCAGACCAGCACCGAGCAGCCGAGCGCGUCGCUCAUCGCGGCGGCGAAGCGCGCAGCCGACAAGCUGAUCGCGCGGGAUGACUCACUUGACCUGCCGCCGCCGGGCAGCGCCGACAAAGUCAACGCCGCCCUAGCCAGGGCUGAGGGGCAUAAGUGGAGCGCGGUGACGGUGAACAGCGUGGCAAUCUUGUGCCCUGAGACCAGGCAGGACAUGAUCAUUGAGCCCUCCAAGCCCUCCGAUCUCGCUGGUGGUUUGCUGGCGAGUGUGGUGGAGGCAGAGGAGCGGCGCAGGAGGGAGGAAGAGAUCAGCGAGUCGGUGACAUCAGCCGCUGCCCACAAGAAGAACGACGGCGAGCCUCCCCUGCUGCCUCCCCAGAAGCCGGAGCAUGCUGGGCGGUUGACGGUGGUGCUUGAUCUAGACGGGACGCUGCUGAGCAGCUUCACGCCGCGACGCGCGCCCGUGCUGCCGGCCGGAUCCACCUCUUACAUCGUCGGCCGCGGCGGCCGCCUCAAUCCUAACGGCGUGUUUGUGGUCGAGCGCCCGGGACUCACCGCCUUCUUUGACCAGCUCUGCAAGUUUGCCGAGGUUGUGCUAUUCACGGCCGGCCUGGAGGAUUAUGCCAAGCCCAUUCUGGACGAGCUGGACCGCCGCUACAACGGUGUCUUCGAGUACCGGCUGUACCGCCCGGCCACAGUCGCAUGCUCCGCCUACCCCUGCCUCAAGGACCUGUCGCGGUUGGGGCGCGACUUGCGGCGGACUGUGCUUGUGGACGACACUCCGCUGGCGUUCCUGCGACAGCCUGACAAUGGCAUCCCCAUCUUCAACUUCAGGCACGAUCCCGCCUCAUAA